AAGGCCGUGUGCGAAAUAUCGUGCCCACCGCCGCUACAACACCCAUUCACGUCACAACGACGGCCGUUGAGUCCGACGUCGGUGAAGGCACCAGCUACGGCCGAGGAUUUGGACCCUAUGCCACCACUGGAGGGGUCCAAUGUGACACUUGCCGGUGUGGUGGGCGGAAACCCUUUUUUGUCAACGUUUUAUUUUCCCUCGUGCCGAUUCAAAAAAUUUCGUGUAUCGAACGCAUUGACAGCACAGAAGAAAGCACGCCAACACGAUGGCAACGCCGGCGGAAGACGAGCCGCCGACGUCGAGCUUGUCUACGACCCCACGAUUGUCGGUGACUGAGUCAGGGACGUGGGAUGACCAGUAUCUUCCUACACAUGCAGGGUCCCGUACGUUGGGCCUGCUCAAGGGCCGAACGUUGGACAACCAGAAGUCGAAGCUGACAAAGAACACACCACAGGAACGCUUCAGCAGGGCGCAAGUGGCAUUUGAAGGGAGCUUGGUCAAACAGGGAUCGUUCUGGCGGACGUGGAGAAAGCGAUGGUUCAUCUUGCGAAGCGAUCGACCGUUGUUUUCGUACUACAAGUCGAGUGUUGAUUUGGAACUGUUGGGCGAAGUUGUUUUGGAUGCUACAACGACGAUCGAAGUACUUCCAGGCACGCCUGGACACUUUUGCAUCAAGACGAAGAAUCGAAGACUCAUGUUGAGUGCGCACGACGACGGCGGCGUGCCGUACAUGGAUCGAUGGAUCGCUGCAUUGAAUGUGUCCAUUCGACAGUGCUUCACGCCAGUUGACGGAGCACAAGCAUUUCCUCCAUUCAGAACUAUCAACGACGACAAUUUCACGCACCUUCACGUCGACGUCAAGCAAAUCGCAUCGUCCAAAUCGCCGGAGGUCGAUUCUAGCUCCAACACAACUGUAUCGACAUCUCCUAUCCUCAUUCCGCGAUUGAAGCAGGCUAUAACAAUCUCACAAGAUGACAGCACGGCGCCGCUGCCGUUCGUUCGACGAACCAACAGCCUCCAGACCAUGUCCGACACACGCGACUCCCGAACCAUCGGAUCGUCUUCGAAGCUUCUCACUGCCAUGGUCUCCACAAGCUGGACGAAUCGGAACUGUACCGCCAAGCAGGAUUCACAUCAAACGAACGCACUGACGUCGCUCAGCCUCACGCACGUCCUUCCUCCACCCAGUCUGCACUUUGCCGUGUCGUUCGGGUCCGAGCAGGACGCUGCCGUCCAAGGGCUACUGGUCGUAUCUCUCAGCGCCCUUGAAAAUGCAGCGUCGUCAAUGACUGAGUUGUCCCGCACGGAAGUCGAGUGCACGCAGAGCGUUCGGAGGUUGGGCGAUCGGUGGGUUCGGGAUUUUCAGGGACUGUUGGCGCUUCCAGUGUCGAUGGUGGACGCCAACGUCGUUCUACAGUUCGACGUGUUUGGUAUCACAGCCCCGGCGACCGAAUCGCUCAAAGCGCAAACUCCGUUGGGAGCAUUUACGAUCGCGACGCGGGACUUGGUAGCCGACUCGGACGACGGCACGCCUCUCCUCCUUGACUUACAUCCUAGAGAGUACCCUGCAACGUCCUCGCUGUUCUUAAUCGUUGAGCAAGUGUCAACACCGGAAGCGCUUCGGAUGGACCACGUGUACCAUUUCGCGUCACACCAGUACUUGGUCGAUGCGACGGUGUGGCCGAACACACCACCGCCUUCAGCGACGACGCCGCCAAGUAGCCCUCGGAUGCAUUCAUUGCGAUCUGCCGCCGCGACGCGAGGACAGACCCAAGUGCAUGUGACGGAAGAAAUGGGCGCGUCCUGCACGUCGCUUUCAGUGGUUGUGGCGUUCAUUAAGAUGCUCCAGCAACGGAACCAUCGUCGCAAGGAAACGGCGAAGCGCAUGAUGGAGGAGAUCGAAUGCCGUGACGUGACAAGGUCCAGCAUCACGUCGCCGACGUCGGCGGCGACAGUCCAUUUGUCGUCCCCCGUCGACCUGGGACCGGUUUCGCCAGUGAUGUACACCGAUGCAUCGUCGAGCCAAGGCAGCGACAGUGCGUCGAGUUAUGCCGCGCUCAAAGCUCGCGUUGACGAGUGCGACGAACUCAAGAUCAAGUACAUGCAGGCGGAGCGCCGGUAUGCUGCGCUGCGGUUGAUGCUGCAAGAAGGCGAGGAGCAUGGGAUCACGAGUUGUUUGAAACGAAGCACGAUGAAAAAAGAUGAAACGAUGGAGUUUAUGCCGACGAACUUGGUCUGCCACUCCAUCCGUGGGGGCGACCGCCUAUGGGCCGUUGUCACACAUGGCUGCUCAGCAGCCCAUUUGCAUGGAUUCAAGGACGGCGGACUGCGCAAGAAAUCCAAAGGCCACGAGCAUCGCCUUGACGUUGUGUCGUGCCAACUGAUGGCUGUCGUCGCGACGGCGUUCCUGACCAGCGUGCACCUGGCAUUGGACCCAGACAACCGGUGGCCUGGCAUGGCGAAUCGGUACUUUCGAACAUUCGAGAUCGCGGCGCUCGUCGGGUACCUCGUUGAUAUCGAGUCGUUGCUGAGCACGAUGGGCAACGAGAAAGGGAUGUUGGAAGAUAUGUCGGAAGGCGUGCAAUGGCUGAACCAACACGUAUACAUCCAAGUGACGCCGUGCGAAGGAGCUACGGUCGUCGAUUGCUCGUCGAUCGCACUCGACGGGGACACCGCCGACGUCGUGAUGGCGUUUUCAAUGCCACAACGCAUGUACUUUGCACUCCCUUUGCCGCUGCAGACCCCACGACGUGUCAAAGUCACGACGGUGCUCUUUACCCAAGGCAUCAACGAGGUGCAGUCCGUGGCCAACACGGUCGGGAACCCUUCCCUCCAAGACGAAAUCAAUCGCGAGAGCCUCAUGACCCUGAAUGACUACAUAAACCGGUACAUACCACAUAUUUCCCGCGACCAAGUGGACGAACUCGACCGCCAACGGACGGCGCUGCGAAACGCUGUCGACAACCAGUGCAACAGGAAGCAAGUCAACAUCCUCAUCGAGUCGAGCGAACUGUGUCGACGCCUCGGUGCAGGGCGUACCACAUGCUGCAAGAGCGGCAAAGAUCGCACGGCCAUGUCUGUCACACUCGAGUUUUCGAAAAUUCUCGUCGACGAAUUGGGGGUCAAGCAAGGAAUGCACUUGUGCCAAACGAUGCGCGAAAUUGGUGUGCGGCGGACGAACGUCUUCGUGAACACGGGAAAGACCAUGUACGCGUUCAAUGCGCUCCAGCUCAAGUGUCUUCCGAGCUGCUAUCAGCCGCCACCACACACGGCGCAUUCGAGUGUCACUUCGUAGGCGAUGGCCUCUCUGGAGAAAACGCGCGUCGGUUCAAAGCAAUAGAGACCGUCAAAAUAAUAUUUGAUAUGUUGUAAUUAUCACUUGGGUUUGCA